GCUCGCGGCCGGGCCGGGACCCGCGCAGCGGCUCGGAGGGAGGGAAAGAAGGAGGCAGGGAAAGAAGGAGGCAGGGGCGGGCGGCUCCGCGCCCCGCAGGCGGGGGCUGCAGCGGCGCGGGGGCGGCCCCGGCAAGCCGCCGUCUCCUUGCUGGCAGGGGAGGGGUCGGAGCCGCCCGCCCCUCGCCGGGGGCCGCCGCCGGGCCAGCGAGGCGCUGCGAGCCCGGCCGGAGCGGGCGGGUGGGUCCCGGCUCCGCCCCGCGUCCGCCCUGCCGCCGGCCUCCAGCCUCCAGCCCGGCCGGGCCCCCGGAGCGCCGCAGCCCGUAUCCAGGAUCUGGAGCUCAAACUUUAACGCCUACAGAAAGUGGUGUAUUCCAGUACCAAUGAGCUGUGGAAAUUAGCUGCAGUAGAAUGGAAGCGUCAGUAAUAUUACCCAUUCUGAAGAAAAAAUUGGCAUUUCUUUCAGGAGGGAAGGACAGAAGAAGUGGCCUCAUUCUGACAAUUCCAUUAUGCCUUGAGCAGACGAGUAUGGAUGAGCUGAGUGUCACGCUAGACUACCUGCUAAGCAUUCCAAGUGAAAAAUGCAAAGCUAGAGGAUUUACUGUGAUUGUGGAUGGUAGAAAAUCUCAGUGGAACGUGGUGAAGACGGUUGUGUUAAUGCUGCAGAAUGUUGUUCCAGCUGAAGUAUCGCUUGUUUGUGUAGUAAAGCCAGAUGAGUUUUGGGAUAAGAAGGUUACACACUUCUGUUUUUGGAAAGAGAAAGAUAGACUUGGCUUUGAGGUUAUUCUGGUAUCUGCUAACAAACUGACUCGUUAUAUUGAACCAUGCCAACUAACAGAAGAUUUUGGAGGAACUCUCACCUAUGAUCACAUGGAUUGGUUGAAUAAGAGGCUGGUAUUUGAAAAAUUCACAAAAGAAUCAACAUCCUUACUAGAUGAGCUUGCUCUAAUUAACAAUGGAAGUGAUAAAGGAACUCAAGAAAAAGAGAGAUCAGUAGAUUUGAACUUCCUUCCAUCAGUUGAUCCUGAGAUGGUACUGCAGACAGGCCAUGAGUUGCUAUCUGAGCUACAACAGCGUCGAUUUAAUGGUUCAGAUGGAGGAGUAUCAUGGUCUCCAAUGGAUGAUGAACUACUUGCUCAGCCACAAGUCAUGAAGCUACUAGACUCACUCCGAGAGCAAUAUACCCGCUACCAGGAAGUUUGUAGACAACGUAGCAAGAGAACUCAACUAGAGGAGAUUCAGCAGAAGGUAAUGCAGGUAGUCAAUUGGCUUGAAGGACCUGGAUCAGAACAGCUAAGGACCCAGUGGGGAAUAGGUGACUCAAUUAGAGCUUCACAAGCAUUGCAACAGAAGCAUGAAGAGAUUGAGAGUCAGCACAGUGAGUGGUUUGCUGUUUAUGUUGAGCUUAAUCAGCAGAUUGCAGCUCUUCUAAAUGCAGGGGAUGAGGAGGACCUUGUGGAAUUAAAAGCAUUACAGCAACAGCUGAGUGAUGUGUGUUACCGGCAGGCCAGUCAGCUGGAAUUCAGGCAGAAUCUAUUACAAGCAGCACUUGAAUUUCACAGUGUUGCCCAAGAUUUGUCUCAGCAAUUGGAUGGCUUACUAGGAAUGUUGUGUGUAGAUGUAGCACCAGCAGAUGGAGCAUCGAUUCAACAAACUUUAAAACUACUGGAAGAGAAAUUGAAAAGCGUUGACUUAGGCCUGCAAGGCUUGCGUGAGAAAGGUCAAAGUCUUCUUGAUCAGAUAUCUAAUCAGGCAUCCUGGGCGUAUGGAAAAGAUGUGACUAUUGAAAACAAAGAAAAUGUGGACCACAUCCAAGGAGUGAUGGAAGAUAUGCAACUUAGAAAACAAAGGUGUGAGGAUAUGGUAGAUGUGCGACGACUGAAGAUGCUUCAGAUGGUACAAUUAUUUAAAUGUGAAGAAGAUGCCGCUCAGGCAGUAGAAUGGUUAAGUGAACUGUUGGAUGCUCUGCUGAAGACACAUAUCCGACUGGGAGAUGAUUCACAAGAAACAAAAGUUUUGCUGGAGAAACAUCGAAAAUUUGUUGAUGUUGCACAGAGUACUUAUGAUUAUGGAAGACAGUUACUACAGGCAACUGUUGUGCUGUGCCAGUCCCUACGAUGCACUUCAAGGUCCUCAGGGGACACACUUCCAAGAUUGAACAGAGUGUGGAAACAGUUUACAUUAACUUCUGAAGAAAGAGUACAGAGGCUGGAAACGGCUGUUGCAUUUCAUUCAAGUGCUGAAAAGAUACUGCAAGAAUGUCCAGAGCAGCCUGAAGCUUUUAAUGAAAUGGAGCAAUUUGAUGAAAUUGAAGCAGUUGGGAAAUCGUUGUUGGACAGAUUAACAGUGCCUGUAGUUUAUCCCGACGGUUCUGAGCAGUAUUUCGGGAGCCCAAGUGAUAUGGCUUCUGCAGCAGAACACAUUAGAGAGAAGAUGAAGCUAGUUAGCCUGAAAAAGCAGCAACUGAGACAACCAGAAGUCGCUACCCCAGAGAGCUAAUACUGACCCUUGUCUGUCAAUUCGUAAUAGGACUUCAGUUUGUAAUCCAGCAUGUUGUUUGCAUAUUACAGAUUUUGGCAUAAUAUAUUAAAAUGCAUCUCACAGCCAUUACGUCUCAUCUUUUUUUUCAAAGUAAAUGUUCUCAGCAUCUUAACACUGUGCAUCUAUCAAGCCAUAAUUAUUUAACAUGCUAUGAAACCAUAGAUUCCAAGUAUCUUAUGAAAAGGAACUGUAAACUUUGCACUGAAAUUUGCUGUAAAGCUUUACCUGACCUGUCAGCUGCUUCUUAGUUAAACAGCUGAUGCAAGCUUUGAAUGGUGCUAAUGAAAGUGUUAGGAGUUCCAUAUUACAAAAUUGUAGUUCUUUGCUUCCCCCUAUGCCCAGUUGAUGUGGUAAUUUUAGACUGUAGGUAAGGUACCUGCAGUGUAGACAGUGGUGACCCUAUAAUUUUAAUUUGAAAUACUUUAAAAUAAGAGAUUGUUUUUUUUAUUGUGCCAGUAUGCAACCUACCCAUAAAAUCUUUGAUAUAUCAGAUUCAUUAAACAGAUGUUUUCCUAUUUGUAUUGAUAAUGUAUUAAAAGCUGUUUGUGCUUAAUAAAAAUCAUCUUUUUAAAAUCUAA